UUUUUCGCUUUUCGUUUUGUUAUUUCUCGCUUUGGCGCACAUAAAUUUGAACGUUAAUGAUUUUUGCUUGCAGUCGCGCAUGCGACCCAAAAGCAACAACAACAACCGACCGACCGUCAAGUGUUGAAAAUGAAUUUGUUGUUGUUGUUUUUGGUGCUGCUGCUGCAGCAGGUGUCGCCAUCUCACUUUUUAGCACAGACUCAAACCACGAAGAGCCAACCAACAGUGGUGACACUUUUUCUUCCCUUUUUGUAGACACCCCCUCCCCACACACCUAUACAUGUGCGCAUUUUUAUUAAACAAACGAAACGAAGAAGAAGAAGACAAAGCGAACUCCAUAUUUUUCAUUUAAACGCGCCUGUCGCGCCAUCUCGCUCACACCGAUGCGCCAUCACCGUCGUCGUCGUCUCCACAUUGUGUGUCUCCACAAAACUCCACAACUCGCUCGGCGUAAUUUUAAUUCGAAUCAAUUUGUUUGUCGCCGCCGCUGCACAGAGUUCAGCCUUUUGCCCAGUGGGCCGCCGAUUCGCUCCACUGUGCACCCGUCACGCGUUCCACGGUGCGGCCAGGAUACUGGUUUUUUUUUUCCUGUGUGUACUUCUAUGUGUGUGUAUGUAUUAAACGGAAGUUCCCGCUAAGCUGUUGCAGGCAAAUUAAAAAUAAAUAACUAACAGUGAACGAUUAAAGGGAAAACCUUAAUAAAUCUAUACCAAAAAGUGAACUAUAACGGUUAUAUUGAUGAAGAAGGAAAGUUCUUAAAACUAAGAUUAAACUCAAAGCCAAAACCAAAGCAAAGUUGGCAACAAAAUGGAUCAGCUGAUCAAACAGUUGCAACUGGCAGCCGCUGCCCAGCAAGUGCAUUCACAUCCGCAUCCGCAUCCUCAGCAACAUCAGCAUGCGGCAUCCGCCUUGCAGCUUUAUGCUGCUGCUGCCGCCGUCAACCUGCGAGUUCCCGGCUGGUCGCCCUUUCUCAACCUGCCUUUGGAUUCUACAAAUCCGGGCGACUCUCCAGGAUCCGGCAGCAGUUCGUCCUCUGUGUAUAUGCUCCGCCAGAUGGCGCUGAUGCAGAGAGCCAAUGCCGCUGCCGCAGCAGCCGCUAUUCAACAGCAAAGAGAUCGCAAUCGGGAGCUUGAAGAAGAUCGGGAUCAGAAGACCAGUGAAUUGGAAACUUUGAGGUCUGUGAAAAGGCCAGGAAAACUAAAGAGGGAACAGGAAGGCUCUGGUGGAUAUCCGAACAACAGCCGCGAGGACUGCAAUCCUGCGGAAACUGCCAUGGAGGAGUCAACCUUUAUGCGUUCCAUCCAUCAGAGUCCACAAUGCGAUGAAGAGCUUAAGACCAAUCUGGAAGCAGAUGAGGAGACGGAUUCCUCGAAGCGGAGACGCUGCCGGACCAACUUCAACUCCUGGCAACUAGAGGAACUGGAGAGAGCCUUCAUGGGGAGCCACUAUCCUGAUAUCUUCAUGCGAGAGGCCUUGGCCAUGAGACUUGAUCUGAAAGAGGGCCGCAUAGCGGUCUGGUUCCAGAAUCGCCGUGCCAAGUGGCGCAAGAAGGAUCACACCAAGAAGGGUCCUGGCCGGCCGGCUCACAAUGCCCAGCCACAGAGCUGCAGUGGCGCACCCAUUCCCUUGACCGAACUCAGGGCCAGAGAAAGAGCCCAGCGCAGCAAGCGGAUGAAGAAGGCCAUCGAUCGGCAGGCGAGGAAGCUGCGUCUCAAGGGAAUCGAAGUGGAUUACGCUAGACUGAAAGCGGAUUACCUGGCUGCCCACAAGGACAAUUGGUUAGAGGCCGAGGACCAUGAACUAGACGAUAUGGAAUGCUAUGGCGACGAUGAUCUAACCAUUGAUGUGGUGGGCGAGGAGGGCCAAGAGGAUGUGAUGGGCGACAGUCAGGAUAACUCCUUUUGCUCUUCGAGGACCUAUCCCAAAAGCACUAGCAGCGAACUAGAUCUCGAUGACAUGGCGGUGCCCAUUAAACUGGAGUCAUCGGCUCCUCCGCCACCGCCAUCCUCCCAGAACAAAACCCUCUACAGUUCCUCCUUCAGCAUUGAGUCCCUUUUGGGCUCAUAACGAAUAUCGCAUAUCGAAUGUUAACUAGAGUUAAGAUUCCGGUGGCUAGCUAAGAUCUAAGUGCGAAUAUAACCUCUAAACCUGAAACCUGAAACCUUUAACCUCGUUCUCUGCUUUGGGUAUUCACCUGGGGGUCAAGAGUGUGCCAGUACGGUUAGGAGAGGAAUACGCAGCAUGCCAAAAUAAGACUGCAUUUUAAUUUCCAGCCAAAGAGCCCCAAGGCUCUGGGAGGGGGUUAAGACAUACGGAAAUUCAGGCAGAAGAAGGCAGCUUCAAGAGGCGGAGGCAGUGCAUCCAUCAAGUUCACACGCAGCUUGCACGGUGGAGUCUGUUGGGUAAACUCGGGAUAAAAAGAAGUCAGUGGUUAACGAGUGGUAAAAUCGGUAGACUAGAUAAACUUUCCUCUUUACAUCACUUUCUUAUCUUAUCGAUAUCAAAUUGAUUGUUUCCAAUUACUUAUCGAUAAGUUAGCAUUCCUUUCUAUUCACUGCAUGCCACCAAAAAGCAUCCAUGGUGCAGGUGGCCUCAUCAGCAUCAGUCGGAAUCCAAGAGUCGCAAUUUCGACCUCAAGGCAAUUUCAAAAAUGCAACUCGCGACCGUUGUGCAGCAGAGACAUGGAAAGAGAUGGCCAUAUGCAGAACGAAAGAGAUGGACGACUCACAAAUGUAAUACACACAUCAGGCAAAUAAAUUAGAAGGCAACUCCUUCGGCAGAAGCGUCAGCCAGGCCGCGCCCCUCCGUUCGCACUCAAAAGGGGUUCGCCAGAGUCAGAGACAGAGCCAGUCAGAGAGUCCUACAAAAUGGAGCCCCAGUCCGAGUCCGAACCCGAAUCCCAGGUGAGGCGAAUCCAGGGGAUGCAGAGUGGCGAGUAAUGCAGACAAUCCGUCAUGCAGGUGUGAAUGAUUCAUUAAUUUCUCGCCUUCAUACGAAUUUUCAUUUCAGUUAA